CAUACUUACCUGGGCGGGGCCUAUCGCUGAUCCUGAAGGGCGAUGACCUACGACGAGCUCCUUCAUUGCACUACGAUCGGGCAAGUUGUAGCAUUUCCCCAAGGGGAAAAUGCACGUCAUAAUUUGUGGCAGAGGAGGGCUCGCGUUCGCGCGGCCCUCCACCAAAUAACCAAAUCAGCAUUUGAUUUUGAGUACUGCUAUGACCUUGCGUCGAUUAAUGAAAUAGCAAUUUUUAAUCUUGCAUUCAAUAUACAGAGCCCAACAGAUGUGUUUGAGCGGAGCUGAUAUCUUGCAGGUGAGGGCAAAGUAUGAAGCUGUGUAGUUUUACAAAUCGCGUGAUGCUGAAGGUUUGAGUUCGCUUCGUGUUGUCGGCUCAAGCGCAACCUCCAGCAGCGAAAAGAAUUUGUGUCUCUAGGCAGCCGGGCAGACACAGGCAGAAUAAGGCUUUUGAAGUGUUGAGCUUGUUCAGUGUUGGAUAGAAUUGGGCCAAUUUAAUCAGUGAUCCAAAUGAUCGUGAAUCGUCUGGAAUCGUCCCAAGAGUCGUCUCGAGAGCGAGCCUGUGUGCCAAAUGUCUGAAGAAAGUGAAAGUGUAGAAGACGGAGGCAGAAUGGAAUGCCUGAAAGGUUGGGAAAGGUUGGAGGGUUCGAAUCUAUCGAUACACUGCUGAAGGGGAAUUCGGAGAUGAAUGAGAUGAACUGAAUGCUCUGAAUUGAACUGGGUGAGCAUCGUGUGUAUGUGAUGCGGUGACCCCCAACACGUCAUUGUUGAAGGAUGGAAACCACUUCCACCGGCGUAGGAAUGGCAAUUGUCACAGUCUGUAGAGAGGACAGCCUUCUCGAUCUGCAAAUGCAAGCAGAUCAUGACUAAGCACGACAACCAAAAGAUUCUACGCCGUCGAGAAGCAAGCUGACAUGUGCAAAUUCGUGCAGAGGUGGAGAUCUGGAAGCCGAAUCGUGAGAUCGAUGAUUCUGGCUGGUAUCAGGAAUAUCAGAAUCAUCGAACUCCUCGUGAGCAGAGAACAUUUCGCAACACGUCUGGCACACGCAUCAGCACUUCACAGUCUGUCGGUGGAUGCCAUCGUCCGGCAUCGUGUGAGUGAGACAAGCACGACGUCGUUGCGCUUGGCAGAUGGAUCAAAUGGUGCACCGUUCCAUUCUUUCGAGAGUGAAAUGGUACGAUGCAGCUGAUUAUAGUCCCUCUAUUCCUCUACUAACACUUCCCGCCUCCUCCCUACAUAUUAUCAACUGGGACAUCGUUGGAUCAUCUCGCUUCCAAUCUGCUAGCACCCUUUUAGUGUAAGUCACAGUCCCCGGGCCUUGUCUAGGUCUCCCUAUCAAUACAGUACAUAUACUUUCAUCGUGGGUUGAGUCAUCACAUUUCAGCCAACCCAUGAAGCAUCAUUUGGGUCUCAGUGGCGUAGAAACAUUUUUGUACAUCUGAUUACAUUGUUAUUACAAUGGCAGACUCUUCGUCCUUCGUGGGUAGCCCCCGAUGAAGAUUCAUCCAUCGGGUAGCGGUGA